AUGAGUUACAACAAUUUUAAUAAUUUAAACCCUCCGCAGCCACAAACUUCGCCAUGUAAUUGUAACACUUGUGUUACCAUGUCGCAUGACACCGGCUACCAACAUCAAUUUACCGGAAAUUUUCAAUCACGUCGUUCUACUAAAGCUUUAGCAUAUGUAGUACUUAACCCGUUCUGUAUACUUCCUAUACUUGUAGAAAUUUCCGAUAUGAAUGAUGUUAUUUCGGCACAAUAUGUGUCUACACCGUCGUAUGAUAAUCCAUACACGUGUAAUCCACAAAGUGUUGAUCAUACUUUUCUAAAUAUGCUACAAGAUAUUAGGAAUGUUCUUUUUCCUCAAGAAAAUCCUUUUAUGACUGUUAAUCGUGCUUUAAUUGCAAAUAUUCCAAUGAGGACAUACAACAAUUACGACAUGGCUAAUGCAUCUUCGCAAUUACACACUGCAACUCCGCCGUAUGACGCACAGUAUAUUGACCAGUCUGAUCAUGUAAACCAGCAGAAUUUUCAAAAUCCGUCGCAUUACCCUUCUCCAAAUAAUCUGGGAUUUCAAGAUAGAUAUUAA